UCAAAACUUCAAACCAUCAAAGUGGGAGCCAUCUUAACGGUUAACCUCACUCAACUGAAACUCAGUGGAGAAAACAACGUGGUAAAAGAAAAAGAAGAACCUCACUCAACAGAAUAUUUAGAAUCUAAAUCUAAAUUUUAGAUUUUCACGUUAUUAUAAUGCCUAGAAAAAAACCAAUCAACAAAAACGUGACGUGGCUGAGUGAGAAAAUACCAAAUGAACACAAGUUCACAACCUUUCAUUACUACAAAAAGUUCCAGUUCAAAAAGAUAGUUGGUGAAAUAGGCGAUUUCGUGCUGAUAUCGAACGCGGAUGCUGCAGAACCUGAUACCGAAGGUGGUUGUGAUGCAGCUAAAAUAUUGGCGUUAUAUGAAGACAGUUCAAAUAAUAAUAAUCCGUUUAGAGCAAAAGUGCAAUGGUAUUCAAAGCCUGAUGCCUUGCCUAAGGGCUGCUAUAACCAAGCUGAACCUAUUAAUUUUUAUAAUAGAGAGGUUGUUGAAGACCAUCGACCAUUUGACACAGAUGUAUCAAUUGAAACAUUUUUUAAGAAAUGCUCAGUAAUACAUACCUUUACAAAAGAUACAGAUGACAUUCUACACAAUCAGAAAUAUACCUACAUCUGCAGAUACAGACUCAUGCCACUAGGCAGAAGGAAAACUUACUUAGAACCAGUUUUUGAAGAAGAAAGAAAAGCUAUAGAACUUUUAUGUACUCCUAGGAAAAAUAUUACACCAAAUACCCCUACAACCCCUAAUAGUUUGGUGAAACGUAUGAGUCGAGUUUCUAUUUCAGACAAAAAUUGGAGUGUCUCUAAAAGUGAUGGCACUAAACUACUUCUUAAAAGAGCUAUAUUAGCUGACAAGACUGAAAAAGAUACACCAAAAGUUACUACCCGCAGAAGUUCCAAAUCUACACCCACAGUAGUAGUCAGUAAGAGUCCAAAAAGUCCUAAACAGACUGUGGAGACAAAGAUUCCAAAAAAACCUAAUAGUAACAGUGUUGAGGAAAAACUUUGUGGAAAUAAUAAACCCAAAAACGCUACGCCAAAAAGUUUGAAAUCACCAGUAGAGACUCCAAAAAGUUCCAAGAAACUUAAUAAAAAUAACAUUGAAGAAAUCCUCUCCAUGGAACUAAGAGAAAACUCAGAGGAUGAAUUACCCACACUUAUUAUACGACAAAAUGCUGUGACACCAAAAAGAAAGACUCCACAACGUAAGAUAUGCAAUGAAUCUCCAAAGAAAGUUCUAGUAUUUGAGGAUGAGGAAGAUACUAAUAUUCCUUGUGAAACUCAUGUUACUCGUGAAUCCCAUGUGACUCGUUCGGGAAGAGUCACGAGGCAACCAAUGUAUUAUCGUGAAGAAGUACUAUCUCCCAUUAAAAAAACCCCUACAAGAAGAUCUGCACAAAAGAGUUCUGAAAGCGAAGAUGACUUUAAACCUUUACCUAAAACACCUAAAGUAGCUAAAACGCCCAAAACUCCUAAAACCCCUACAAGAAGAUCUGCACAAAAAAGUUCUGAAAGCGAAGAUGACUUUAAACCUUUACCUAAAACACCUAAAGUAGCUAAAACGCCCAAAACUCCUAAAACUCCUAAAACAUCGAUAGCUAAAACUCCUAGGACUCCUAGGACUCCAAAAACGUCAAUGACUAAAACUCCUCGAAGUGUCACAAGAAGAAUAUUAAUUAGCGAACUUACACCAACAUUGCAAAAAAGGGCACAUCCUAUUGAAAACAUUGAUGGAUUUAUAAUAGAGAACAAAUCACUACCAGGAAGAGAGAGACAAUUGAGUGAAAUAUUAUCAUUUGUAAGAAACAAUUUGCUGCAUGGUAGAAGUCGAUGCAUGUACAUAUCAGGCGUGCCCGGGACAGGCAAGACGGCGACCGUGGAGUUUGCCCUAAAGGUUCUGAAGGAGGAGCAGGAGUUACCGGAGUUCCAACUAGUAGAAGUGAAUGGCAUGAUGAUUGCGGAACCCAGGCAGGCCUAUGUGCAGAUUUACAAGAAACUCACAGGCAAAUCGGUAGUUUGGGAGCAAGCUUUCACCCUGUUGGAGAAACGUUUCACAAACCCUGGGCCGCGCAGAACACCCACCGUAUUAGUUGUCGAUGAGCUAGACGCUUUAUGCAACAGACGACAAGAUGUCAUCUACAGUAUUAUGGAGUGGGCAACUCACAAUACUGCCCUGCUGACCGUGCUAGCUAUAGCCAAUACUAUGGACCUGCCGGAGAGAGCGCUGGCCGCUAGGGUGGCCUCCAGACUUGGCUUAACACGGCUAUCCUUCCCUCCAUACUCGCACACCCAGCUACAGAACAUCGUUGCUACCAGACUAGUCAAGGCUAAUGUAACACCAGAUGCUCUGCAACUAAUAGCCAGAAAAGUAGCAGCAGUGUCAGGCGACGCUCGUCGCGCGAUUUCUUUGUGCGACCGCGCGUUGGAGUUGGCCGCGCCCAACUGUGCCGGGCUCAGGGAAGUCCAGCUAGCCUUAGAAGAGGCGUCCACGAGCGACACUGUGAGGGCUAUACGAUGCUGCGCCCCCGCUGAGAGACUCAUCCUGCGAGCCAUGGCGGCUGAGGUGGAACGAACCGGCUCAGACGAGACAACCAUGUCCCGCAUGCUAGCGACCGCAACCGCCCUCGCAGCUCUCGACGGCCGACCGUAUCGAUCUGCUCCCAAUAGCCGAGGUCCCACUUACUCCCAGGCUCACGCUUUAUGCGCUAGUCUCUCUGCCAUGCAGCUGAUACAUAUGGAGCGUAAGCCAUCUGAACCUAGGCUGAUGCUCAAUUGUAGCGUUGACGAUGUUCACUAUGCUACUAAAAAGAUUACUUUGUGAUACGUUCAUUAUGCUACUAAACAGAUCACCGUGUGAUAUGUUCAUUAUGCUACUUAACAGAUAACAGUGUGAUAUGUUCAUUAUACUACUUAACAGAUCACCGUGUGAUAUGUUCAUUAUGCCACUUAACAGAUCACCGUGGAUACGUUCAUUAUGCUACUUAACAGAUCACCGUGUGAUAUGUUCAUUAUGCUACUUAACAGAUAACAGUGUGAUAUGUUCAUUAUACUACUUAACAGAUCACCGUGUGAUAUGUUUAUUAUGCCACUUAACAGAUCACCGUGUGAUAUGUUCAUUAUGCUACUUAACAGAUAACAGUGUGAUAUGUUCAUUAUGCUACUUAACAGAUCACAGUGUGAUAUGUUCAUUAUGCUACUUAACAGAUCACAGUGUGAUAUGUUCAUUAUGCUACUUAAUAGAUCACAGUGUGAUAUGUUCAUUAUGCUACUUAACAGAUCACAGUGUGAUAUGUUCAUUAUGCUACUUAACAGAUCACCGUGUGAUAUGUUCAUUAUGCUAAACAGAUCACCGUGUGAUGUGUUCGUUAUGCUACUGAACAAAUUACUGACAGUGAUAACAGACUGUGUUCAUUAUACUACCUCGGGACUGAUUACUGUGUGUAAAUAAAACACUGGUUUAAUUCGA